AUGAAACAUUUAAUAAAUAUUGAUAAGGCUAAGUUCAAAAUGCUUAAAUCGGGUUUCAAUUUAGUACGAAGUGUUCCUGGAAUUCUCAAGCGGACAAUGUCAACACAAGAACAAGAAGUUUUAUUUGAGACAUUGAACAAUGCCGGCAUUAUAACAUUAAAUAGACCAAAAGCAUUGAAUUCCCUUAAUGAAAACAUGGUGAAAAUGAUUCUGCCACAACUUCAAGAUUGGGAGAAGAAUAGAAGUUUGGUAAUUGUAAAAGGAGCUGGUGAUAAGGCUUUUUGUGCUGGUGGUGAUGUUAAGGCUGCUAUAGAUAAAGAAAAAGGACCGAAAUUCUUCCACACAGAGUACAAUGUUAACUAUCUCAUAGGAAAAUACAAAAUCCCUUACAUUGCGUUUAUUGACGGUAUCACGAUGGGGGGUGGUUUGGGGCUGUCUGUUCAUGGCAGGUACAGGAUUGCAACAGAAAAAACUGUGAUUGCAAUGCCAGAGACGAAAAUAGGCUUGUUUCCUGAUGUUGGCGGUUCAUAUUUUCUUCCUAGAUUGCAGGUCAAUUUAGGUUUAUAUUUAGGUUUAACUGGCGAUAGGUUAAAAGCAAAAGAUGUUGUAAAAGCAGGAAUAGCUACACAUUUUGUGCCAAGCAGGCGUCUGUACGAAUUGGAGAAGCUUUUAUCUCGUUGCAACAAUGACAUUGAGAUACGCACCUUACUUAGCAAAUUCAAUGAACCACAGGAGGAGUUUUCAUUAGCACCAAAUAUUAAACACAUCAACUACUGUUUUGCCGCAUCCACUAUUGAAGAAAUCAUAGAAAGACUGGAGAAGGUUAAGAAUGACUGGUCUAUCAAAACCUUAAAGACGCUAGAGGGCAUGUGUCCAGGAUCACUUAAGAUCACACUGCGAGCUCUGCAGCGAGGCGCCCAACUGGAGCUGGCUCAGUGCCUCCGCAUGGAGUACCGCCUCGCAUGCCGCGCUACCGAGAACCAUGACUUCCCCGAAGGUGUCCGAGCUCUUCUCAUUGAUAAAGACAACAAUCCAAAGUGGAAUCCUAAGACUCUGGCUGAAGUAACUGAAGAUUAUGUAGAGGGUUAUUUUAAGAAAUUGCCCGAAGACCGCGAGUUAAAGUUCUUCGAUGCCAAACUA